CGCCGUGCCCGGAGAGCCGUUACCCGGCGCGGGGCGGCGGGCGCGAGGCAGCGGCCGUUGGAGCGGGCGGCGGCGCGCGCAGCUGUACGGCGGGAGGCGCCCCGCCGGGACAGCCCGAGGGCUCCGCCGCUCCCCGGGGGCCACCUCAGGGAAAGCGAAACCAAAAGGGCGGAGGCAGCGGCGGGGAAGGGGCGGGCAGGGUCUCCCCGCGGCGCUGCUCGGCUCGCUCCUCCCCUCACGCCGAGGCGGAGCGGCGCGGGGGCGGUGGGCGAGCGGGCGGGCUCAGCGCGCCCCCAUGGCCCUGGCGCCGGGUCAGCGGGCACGGUAGCCGGCUCCGGCUGUCGCCGCGGGUGAGUCAGAGCUGCCCAGGGAGGGCGGGCUGGACAUGAGCCUCGCCGCCGGGCUCCGAGCAGCGACCGGAGACUGAGCCACAAAGAACUUUUCCCUGCGGCGCGGCGCUCCCCUAUGCACGCCCCGGGCCGUCCGCCCUGGGACGCUGCCCGGCAGGCGCCCGGCGCUGACCCCGCCAUGGAGCCCCGCGCGGCGCUGCACAGCAGCCCGGACCUCAGCCGGGCCAAGCGUCUGAGCGUGGUGGAGCUCCGCUCCCUCUUCGAGGCUCGCUGCGCCGCCGUCGCUGCCGCCGCCGCCCGGCAGCUGCCCGACCCGGCGAAGAGGGGCUGCCGGCGCCCCAACGGGGUGCUGCCGCCCGUCAUCCCCCGGCUCACCGUCACCACCGAGGAGAGCGAAGAAGCGCAGGGCAGCCUCCAGGCACAGCCACCGCACCCGGACAGCGGCUGGCUGAGGACGGACAGCUCGCAGCACCUGCAGUCCCGCAGGCUUUCUACCUCCUCGCUCUCCUCUACGGGCUCGUCGUCCCUCCUGGAGGACUCGGAGGACGACGUGCUGAGCGACACGGAGGGCAGGAGCCAGGGCAUCGUGCACUUGGAGCACGGCGAGGACACCAACCAGAAAAAGGCAUGGCAUACAAUUAAAACCAUGGUUAACUUACCAGUCAUCAGCCCCUUCAAGAAACGCUACUCAUGGGUGCAGCUGGCUGGGCAUACAGGGAGUUUCAAGGCAGCUGAUAGUGGGAAGAUUCUGAAACGCUUCUCAGAGAAUGAAAAGGAGUGUUUUGAGCGAUUGAUGAAAGACCCGCUACGCUCCUGUGUCCCUUGCUUCCAUGGUGUGGUGGAGAGAGAUGGCGAGAGCUACAUUCAGCUGGAUGACUUGCUUACUGAUUUUGAAGGGCCUUGUGUGAUGGACUGCAAGAUGGGGAUCAGGACAUACCUGGAGGAAGAGUUGACUAAGGCCCGUGAGAAACCAAAGCUGCGUAAGGACAUGUACAAGAAAAUGAUUGAAGUGGAUCCUCUUGCCCCCACAGCUGAAGAGAAUGCCCAACACGCUGUCACCAAACCCCGAUACAUGCAGUGGAGGGAAACCAUCAGCUCUAGUGCCAACCUGGGCUUCAGGAUUGAAGGGAUUAAGAAGGCGGAUGGAACAUGUAACACAAACUUCAAAACUACGAAGACACGGGAGCAAGUUCUACAGGUUUUUGUGGAAUUCAUUGAGGGCAACACAACUAUUCUGAAAAAAUACCUCAAGCGUCUGCAGGAAAUUCAUAUCAUUCUUGAAUCCUCAGACUUCUUCAAGCGACAUGAGGUCGUUGGAAGUUCACUACUUUUUGUACAUGAUGGCAGUGGGAAUGCCAAUGUGUGGCUGAUCGAUUUUGGAAAGACCACCCUUCUUCCUGAUGGGCAGACACUGGAUCACAGGAUCCCCUGGCAAGAAGGCAACCGGGAGGAUGGGUACUUGUUGGGAUUGGACAAUUUGAUUGACAUCUUGGAAAGCAUCACUGAAAGAUGAGUUGAGAAAGAAUGGCACAAAACUUGCAGGGCUGCUCUGAACUGUCUGCUCUAUUGGGAUCACUCAGUUAGAAGGAAACCUUUACUCUCUCCAGACUCCUGAGGUCAUCAGUGCAGAGGGAGCUGCAUCCAGAACCCAGCAGUUAGUGAUCAAAAUGACUUUGCAUCGGCCCUCUAUGAACCUAAAUAACUCCAGGUUGGUCUGUAUUGCACCAGCCUGACUCCAGACUGGUCCUCAGAGAGUGAAGAUCUCUAUACUCAGGAAUCACACCAGCAUGAGUCAAGAGGUCUGUAUGGUAAACCAAACAAUUCUGACUUCUGGCAAACAGAUGGGACUCCAGAUUUACCUCUUAGUGAAGCAGAGCAAGUACUUGGGGAUUCAGGGUAGGAAUAACAGUUUUUCAGAGAACUAUGUAGUUUUGAAACCAGCAAGAGUGUUGUUCUUUUUUUUUUUGCCCCUUAAUUCCAAGUCUCCUUGCUCCUGUGUACACUAUGGGUUGGACCAACAACUUCUGUGUUGUGUAACAGUGUGUGCAGAAGGUGGAAAUGGAUGAACAUCACAAGAAACCUGGAGCAAAGGAAGACAGCAGUUUGUAGUGGCUGGAUGUGGUAACUGCUGUUGACCAUUCCUACUCUUCCCUACCCAUCCCUGGAUUCGCUUCUAUCCAAGAACAGCCUUUGCUUUUUAUGUAGCCUCUCAGGAGAUUACAGAUACUCUAAGGAGAGAAUAGCAGCCUAUUGUCUCCGAAAACAUUUGGCUUUCAGACUGGGUGGGCUGUUGGAUAAGUGCCUAGCUUGGAAAGUUUGGCCUCUUGCAGCUGAACUGCAGUUCUGAAAAUCAAUAAUGAUUCUUUAGUACACAGACCAGGGAAAAGGGUUUUUUCAAGGCUUGUUUAUUUUUAAAGAUAAAACCUCUGUACACAUGCACGCAUGCACUAGUAACCAGCAAACAGUAUGAUCUCUCUUAAGAACAUGGUUUGCCUGUCUCCUAAUGCAUGUGACUUCUUGGCCAUGUUCUUGUUCCCAGAUAUGAUGCUGCCUCUUAAGAGUGUAGACUAGUGCAGCGAGCAGUAAGGUCAUGUUUCUGUAUUCGCAGAAUUACACUAAUGAUGGGGUAAUUCCCAGGCAUCCUUCCUCCAAGGUAGCAGCUGUUAACUCAGGGCAGUUUGGGGGAAGGAAUGUCAAUAUACCGCAUCCCCUAGUCCCUGUCUGGAAUCGCAGGGCCAUCUGUGAUUCAUUCUUCUUUUGCUGUGGCCCAGGCACAGCCACAGAAAAUUCGCAGUGUUUAGGUUAAAGUCAAGAAAGACUGAAGUGAUUUCUUGUAAUAGCUUCACGUACCUUCUCUGUUGGUUGCAUCUAGUCACUUAUCAGUUCUUUAAAUACUAGCAGUAUAAAUACUAUCAGUAUUCACAUGUUCACUCACAUUCCAGGUUUUAAUGUUAAUAAUGUGAUGAUGUAGUUUUCAAAAUGAGGACAAGACUUAUAUAACUAUUUGAUUGUUAAUCCCCUUUCAUCUAACAUCUAAAGCUAGUAAUGCAUUGAUGAGAAAUGGCUGUCUUGGUGUCCUGUGCUUAGGAGAGAUGCUGAGAACUUUGGGAUAUAUGAAGGUGACUCUAUGCUUUGGGAAACUGCUGUUUCAAGAAAAACAGUGAUCAUGAGCAAAAGACGACUGUGGAGUCCAGAUCUGGAACAAAAUCUGUCUGUGACAUUUGUAAUUAGAAUUGAAGAGUCUAAAAUAGGUUCUAAAAAUAAUUGCUUUAGAUAAGACACUAGUGUACUUAAAGAGAUCAGUCAGAUUUAAUGAUUUUUUUUUUUCAUCACCUCUAAACAAAACAGCAGUAUUAAAAAUUCAAGUUCAGUUGUGACCUAAAAGUUAGAUUACAUGGAGUGGGUAUUCUCUAGGAAGUAAUGACAUAUGGAAACAUUUCAUCCUAAAUCAAGAGUUAUUUGAAAUUGGUAAUUAUUUUUGCAGUUCACUGCAAAUUCAGAAUUUUUCUGUGGCCUCUGAGUCCCUCUCUGUUUUAUUUUUAUGGUAAUGAAUUAAUUAAUUUUCCAUUAAUGAAUUUUCUACUUAAAGUAGAAAUGCUCUGAAACUUCUAAGUGACAGUGAACCAUCAAUAGAGAACACAAAUAUUAUAAUUCCAGAUGCCUCCUAACUUCUGAACUGCUAUGAGAUGAUGAAUUACUUUGUGGUGAAUUUCAUACAACUUUUAAAAAAAAGUCUUUCUCCGUUCUUGCAGCCAACAGAUAAAGAGUGUGUAAGGAGAACAGGAAGUAGAUAGGUUUCACAAGGGAGGACGACUUUAAUAACAAUGCCUUUCCUGUGAGACUGCAAUUGCAAGCAGUCCUAUCAAAAUUUAAAAAAAAAAAAUUAGAAGAAUUAGAAGUGAGACUGUUAAGGCGAUAGAAUUCAUUAGUGGUUUGCCUAAUUAAUCUUCAGAGUUAAAUUUCUUCCUUUUGCUAUCACAUAUGUGAAACCAGUGUCGUUUAUUUUCUAGAGGGGAGAUUCAGAGGUUUAAAGUUUAUGCUCAAAUGUCAGUUGAGAAUUUGAGACAAACUGUUAGAAUGACUGUCCACUUUCAGAGGAGAACUAUCAGCAAUAUGGUAAUAGCAGCUUCAAAAAAACCCAACUGCUGCAAGCACCUGGAUUUGCAGUGUGUGGUCUUGGGGAAACAUGGAGAAAGAUUCAUUCCUCUGCAAUAGCUGAAAACAUCAGGGCAAAAAUGACUUCUGCUAUAGCAGACCCUGGUCUGGAAGCUCAUUCUAGGUGAUAAGUAGUUCUAGCAAGUUAGUUCUGAAAUGGCUCUUUGGCUUACUAAGGGAUUAGAAGGGAAGAAGCCACAAUCUUCUGCUGCUGUUGUGGGAAAUGAGAAAAAGAAGGAGCUUUUCAUUAGCAAACUGCAAGUGUAGGACUGCAAAUGAGCACUGGAGCUCUGAGGGGCUGGGGUUAUGAGCUCACGAGCAAACCACCACAGGAUCAGAUACCCUAAUUCACAUCGGAUGGCCCACAGUGCCUGUGUACACGCACCUGCUGGUGUGAGGAAGCAGCAGACUUCUUUCACUAUGGGGGAAGUUGCCUUGAAUAAGCUUAUAUUUACCAGAGGGUCAACGUGAUGCCUUUGCACAGGCAUGUAACAUAGAAGAGCUGAUAUGUGAUAACUGAGGUACGUGCUCACGUGCAAGUGCAGAGUGUCGUUCUGUAAUGCCUCUGCUGAGAUAUUGCCUCACUUUGGGAGACACCGGGAGCAAGUGUUUCUGCAGCAUGGGAAGACAUGCUGGCCCAGAAGCGCUUAGGUGCUGAACAGCCAGCCUGUCACUUAGACUCCAAGGUCUUUAAACUCACUAGUUAGAUGCAGUAAUGCUCAGUGCUCUAGCUGCUGCAUUCUUGUGUGAAUUUAGCAGUAGGACUUCUUUCCCUCAGCUUCAACAGUGACUUGGUUUUUUUUGGCCUUGGCCAACUUAUGCUGGGCCUCAGUUUUGUUCCAUUUUCACAGGUGGGAAUAAUACCUACUUACCCCACAGGCAUGGUGUGAGGCUGUCCUUCAUUAUUGCUUGCAAGAUGCUGUGAGAUUCUUUGGAGGAAGAUGCAGUAUGGAAAGAAAUGCACAAAGAAAUACAUCAGCUAAGUUUAAAAAUCAGGGAUGUUGAGGCCCCACAAGGAUGUAAAUUUGGAUGAAAUUUAACCAAAGUGGUAAAAAUGGAAUCCCUCUUAGUUUUAUAUGGGGGGGGGGGGGGGGGGGUGUGAAUUGCUUAAAAUCUGAUCCAGUUCCUAUUAUAGGGAAAGAUUUAAGUGGGAGUUGGACCAAACACUUAAGUAUCUCAGAGGGCUCUUGCUAUUUUUUUUUGGUAUUGCUGUUGUUAUUAUUUGUUAUUCUUAAGGUACUGAGAUCAAAAGGCCUGUACCAUCCAUGGUGCAUCCGUUCUGAACACUACAAUGCAAUGCUGACCAUGGUCACAUUUGACAUUGACUGUAUUGGUUGAGUGUUUGUUACUCUGAAGUGUGUAUGCUACUAAAUAAAUGAGACUGAAGGAAAAAA